UGGCACGAAAAAUCAAUCCAAGCCGUUACACAUUUCACUUUUGUGGUGACCUUCUCAUCGUUAGAGAUGGCUGCGAAAAGGAUUUCUAAGUCCGCAAUUAAUUGGGCGGCUUUUUCGGAAAGGGUACCGGCAGCCCAAAGGCAACAAUUUCAAGUGUUUAAAACCAAGUCUGAUGGAUAUUUGAGGAGAGUUUUCCAGUAUCCAGAAAACCCUCCUCCUAUCGACUUUGGGAUGUACAGGUCUCGUAUCGGUAACCCGGCUCUCGUAGAUGAGAUGGAAAAGGCGUACAAGAGCUUCGUGGUCCCUUUCCCGAAAGAACAUCUCACACCACUUAUCGACGCCCAAGAACGUGAGGCUAAAGAAGACAUAACAAACUUCAUUGCUGACUCCAAGCAGAGAAUUGACGACUACAAGCAAGAGUUGGCCCAUUUCGAAACCAUCAUCCCAGCUGCGCACAUGACAAUGGAGGAUUAUGCCAAGUACUAUCCGCAGCACGCGAUUAACUUGGACAAGCCCACUUACUGGCCUCACGAUGGCUCACCUGAACAAGGAGAAGCCGAGGCUGCAGCCGAAGGGGAACAAGCGCACCACUAGAUACAGUCUUGGAUUGAAAGUCUUAUUAAAGAGAAUGCAGUAGUCGAGACGCGUGGCCCCCGAAGUUGCUCGUAACGUCUGUUAGUAGCCUUGAAAGUAAAGAGUAAUUGUAUUUUUCA